GGCAGUGGGCGCGUCCACACAGGGGGGGUCACGUGGUCACUGUGGGGGCGGCGCGUGCGCAGUUGGUGAAGGAUGAUGGACGGGCCGGAGCCCGGGAGCUUCAUGUCCGUCAACGUGACCGCGAACUGUGGAGGAAACCCCGCGAAGAGGACGAUGAGCCCGAUGGUGACGGGCACGUCGGUGCUGGGGGUGAAGUUUGACGGGGGGGUGAUCCUCGCCGCCGACAUGCUGGGCUCGUACGGAUCCAUGGCGCGCUUCCGCAACGUCUCGCGGCUGAUGAAGGUGAACGAGGCGACGAUCCUGGGGGCAUCGGGCGACUACGCUGACUACCAGCACCUCAAGCAGGCCAUCGAGCAGAUGAUCAUUGACGAAGACUUGCUCGGAGACGGCCACAGCUACAGCCCGAAAGCGAUCCACUCCUGGCUGACCAGAGUCAUGUAUAACCGGAGAUCCCGGAUGAAUCCUCUGUGGAACACAGUCAUCAUCGGUGGAAUAAACAAUGGCGAGAGCUUCCUGGGUUACGUGGACAAGCUGGGAGUUGCCUACGAGGCUCCGACAGUGGCCACGGGGUUUGGCGCCUACCUUGCGCAGCCCCUGAUGAGGCAGGUAGCGGAAAACAACGCUGUCAUCUCUAAAGACGAAGCCCGGCAGCUGAUCGAACGCUGCCUGAAGGUCCUGUAUUACCGAGACGCACGGUCCUACAAUCGGUACCAACUGGCGACGGUGACAGCGGCGGGCGUGGAAAUCGAGGGGCCGCUAACGUCCGAGACCAACUGGGAUAUCGCUCACAUGAUCAGUGGGUUUGAGUAGAAGAGCUCGGAAUGUGCAGCAGGGGGCGAUGAAGCAAGACAAGCUGAACCUCUCCACAAGUUACACCAAGAGCCAUCAUUGUGCCUCUUGGAUUCUGUCGUUGUUUGUUUUAAUGCUUAUAAUGGGGGUGGGGGCAGGAAAUAGGGGUGGUGUUAAUGUAUGCAAAAUUAAAGAAUUAUUUGCAAGGAA